AUGGCUACUCCCCUCACCGAGGAAGCUGGUCCUACAGACUAUCCUGAGGAUUACGGAAAAAGGCUGAAGAACUACCGACCGAAGAUUCAGGCCCUCAAUGUUGAGACAGAGCAGCAACGGGCGGCACUCUCACAGCGCCGAAAUCUGCUUUUCACAGCCCAGGGAUACGACAUUUAUGUAUGGAUACCAAGGGGCUCCAACCAGCUGCUUGGCUCUCAGCCUGAGAUGAUAAUUCGUCCGGUCAUGAACAAACCCCACGCUUCUGGCUACAUUGCCCCUGCAAGACCCCACACAAUCAACCAUAUCAUUGUGGAUGACCUAGGAACGGACGAAGUCUUGUUACUUGCAACCGACUCCGGCAAUGUCACCGGCUAUCAUGUGGAGGCUAUCUACUCAGCAAUAGGCCGAUGUUUGAAACUCAAUAACAAACAGCCGUUUGAUGGUGUUGAGGUGAAGCCAUUCUUUGUCGAGUAUGUUGGAAAAAGUGCAUGGGGCUUGGCAACUCAUAAAUUUGCUCGCCUGAUCGCUGUGAGUGCAAACACUGGCUAUAUAACUGUGUUUGCGUUUGCCAUGGUGGACGACGAAUUGUUUGGCGAUGGAUCCUCCUCUGAUACCUCCGAGAUUUUUGGCAUCGAGCAAUCUAGUCAAUUGGGGCAAACCUGGCUUGUGAUUGAAGAUGAUGAAGAACUGGCCGAAGUGAAAAGGAAGAUGCCCAAUCAUCGGACCCGCAACCUACGACUCCACUACGCGGGCCAUUAUGAGAAUAUCCCAUGCGUGUCAUUUGCCAACUUCGACCUGGAUCCAAAUGGUACGUGGAUGAUCAGCACCGACAUUUUAAACAGAGUUUUAGUUUGGAGAGUUUGGGACGCAAUGGGCCCCGUCAAAGAGUCCACUUAUGGACAUCCACGGAAUAAUCACCCAGAGAGAGGCUGGUUUGUCUUACCUAUUGAUCCACGCAGGGUUCAAAAACACCGUUUGAAGGUCGACGCGUGUGGAUGUAUACCAAUGGACGACCCUUUCGAAAACCAGAUAAUUUUCGACACUUCUGAUUCGAUCCACAGUAUCACUGAGUGGCCAACAAAGCAUAGUCCAUCAUAUCACCAACCUCUACCAACUCGCCAUUAUUUGCCUGAUGAUGUUUUCUCCCCUGAUUGCAUUACUAGACAACGCUCUGCAACGAGAUUUCCCAGCCCUGGACCCGAUUUAUCACCUGUGGAACCACCUUUCGAUGGAUCCCAUACCGAGGCCAUUGAUGAUUUGGCACGAAAUUCAGAUACUGACCACGAGAGUGUCUGUGAUGUCGAUGCUGAAAACAUAAUGCCCGAAAAUCCGCCGCUCCGAAUGGAGAGCGGGAUCGUGGAUCUGGUCGAGGAUGCAAAUGAACACUUCGACCCCUUUAAAACUACCCCCAACACGAUAAAUGACUUUGAAACUCACUUGGAAUUGCAGCAACGUUAUCUAUUGCAUCCUCAAAAUCCUCAGUUCUAUCCGGUCAUUCACUUCUCCGAACACGACAUCAGUCUGGCCUCUUAUCCGUGCGAUGCCCGACUACAAAUUCUCGCUCAGUCACCACUUACCAACACGGCUCCCCGAAACUUACGUAUCCAUCAGUCCUGCGAUCGGAUGAACAUGAUCAAGUACAUCCCUGAGCUGGGACUCAUCAUUGCCGCCUCUCAGGAAGGCCGGGUCGCCAUAAUUUCGCUUACCUGGCAGGCUGAAAUUGGCCAUUCUUUCCGCAUUGACUGGAUCGUCCCAUUCGACUCACAGGUCACGGAUCCAGACUACCCAAAAGUACCUCUUAUGGGAAUGGCUGUAAGCCCGAUGCCUGGAUUCGAGCAGCCACCUGAUAUUCCGUGCAUUCCUCGAGAUGUCGAUCCAAAAGAGUGGUUGAAAUUUGAUUACCGUCUGCUCAACCCCGAAAAAGAUGCAUCCUCUGAUAUUUCAUCCGAGUCAGCCUCUCCCCAUCGUUUCAACCCGAACACAGACAGCCCCAAUAACGACGAAUCUCUCGAUACGUCAGGAUCCAAUUCCGAUUCUCGACGUUUCAAAUCGGACAGAGACAGCCCUGAGUCACCAUCUGCUGGCCAGAAUGACCAGGGAUCUGCGAUGAGCCCAUCCUUACCCCCUUCCAAUCCCGACAGCAAUGGCUCAGAAGACGACGGUGAUCCCUCCCUUCUUACAAUCCCCGAGCUUCAUUCCCGUGGUUCUGCUAUCUACCGGCCUCGCGAGAAUUGGCACGGCUGGCACCCGAGCCGGCAUUACCGACUGCUGUUACUGUUCUGCAAUCACACGGUCAUGAGCUAUGAGUUCUGGCACACCUGGAUGAACUGA